GAAUUAUUUAGCCAUAACACAAAAGUAAUCAACUUUAUUAGCGUAUUUGAAACAAAGAUUAGUGGAAGACAGCCUUUGUAUCUCAACUUUUGUUUGCUUCUAUUACAACCAUGGCACACACACACACGCGCGUACGUAUAUAUAGAAUACUCUUCCUACACUCUUCUAGAUCCCUCUCCCACAUAACCUCAUUUCUUGAUUAGAGAAUUCAUUCCCCAGUUAGGGUUUUUAUGCAUACAUACACUGAUACAUACACAUAUAUAAUGUGCAUGUGAGGUCAUCAACAUUUGCCAACGCAAACUAUUGGUUCGUUCCUCUGUUUUCUCGUCUUCUAUUACUCCCUCCUUUUUUUCUUCCUCUGUUUCUUAGAUUUUGAUCCCAGGAGAUAACCAGAAACAGAAGCGUUAGAACCAUGAUUAUCAACCCGUUAUUAUCAAUCCAAAACCCAAUUUUCGCAUCCCCUAAAAAGUUUUUGGAACCACCUCUCUGCAGAAUAAAACCCAGCAGCGACCUUAACAGGAAACAGAGGCAGAACCCGGACAAGAGCAAUACCCAUGUCGUAAAAACCAGCGUAAGGACAACAUUCGCCAGUGUUUCGAUCGUCAGAAGGGAAAAGAAUUGUGUGUGUGAAGAAACGGCGAGAUUUCAGCGAGCGGGUGGCGAGAAAAUAGCCGUUCUGUGUGCAUUAGGGUACUGGGUACAAGGAUUCAGGUUUUUUCCAUGGCUGGCGCUUAACUUCCAUAUGGCUCAUAACCUCGGGUUUCAGCCAUCGACGCUUCAGCUUGUGCAGAACUCUGGUAAUCUUCCUAUGGUGGCUAAGCCUCUAUACGGAGUUCUGUCGGAUGUUCUUCACAUCGGCGGUGGUCGGAGAAUUCCGUACAUCUCCAUUGGAGUGCUUCUGCAGAUCAUAGCAUGGGGUCCAUUGGCAUUAAUCCCGGCUGCUCGAGAAGCUCUUCCUUCUCUUAUGGCUUGUGUUCUGCUCAGUAACCUCGGAGCAUCCAUCACUGAAGUUGCCAAAGACGCACUUGUCGCAGAGUUCGGACAGAGAUACCAACUGAACGGCCUCCAGUCUUAUGCGUUCAUGGCUUCAGCCAUUGGAGGAAUCCUCGGAAACUUGCUUGGCGGAUAUUGCCUGUUCAAAACGCCUCCGAGAAUCAUGUUUCUGGUUUUUGCCGUACUGUUGUCCGUGCAACUCGUUGUUUCGGUAUCUUCUAGAGAAGAAUCGCUUGGCUUACCAUGGAUAACGGGACUAAGUCUGGAGGGAGACCUGGGUUUGGAGGUUGUAAAGAAGCAAUUCUCGAAUCUUGUGGAAGCAGUUCAGGCAGAUGAUAUCUCCCGGCCUCUUAUCUGGAUUGUAGCUUCCAUUGCUAUGGUCCCCGUGCUUUCGGGACCAGUCUUCUGCUACCAGACUCAAGUUCUGAAUCUCGAUCCUUCGGUUAUCGGAAUGUCGAAAGUUAUCGGACAGUUGAUGCUUCUGUCAUUGACCGUGGUCUACGAUCGCAGCUGGAAGACAUUUCCUAUGAGGCAACUGGUCCGUGUGGUGCAAGUAAUGUAUGGUUUCUCGCUAGCCCUCGAUUUUUUCCUGGUGAAACAAAUGAAUCUUGGUCUCGGAAUCUCCAACGAGGUGUUCGUGCUCUGCUUUUCCAGUUUAGCAGAGACCUUAGCCCAGUUUAAGCUCCUUCCAUUCUCGGUCCUGCUCGCAAAUCUAUGCCCACGAGGAUGUGAAGGAUCUGUCACCUCUUUCCUGGCUGCAACUCUGUGUCUGGCGUCGAUAGUUAGCGGAUUUCUGGGAGUAGGGUUGGCUUCUAUGGUGGGGAUAUCAUCUGGAAACUAUUCCAAUCUGCCUGCAGGGAUUCUUGUACAGUCUCUUGCAGCUAUUCUGCCUUUGAGCUUUGUGCAUUAUGUCCCAAUGUCGGAACCUGAGGUGGAGGAAGAAGAGAAGAAGAGAGGGCUGAGUAAGAGACACAGGAAGAACAGACGAGUCGGGAGAGUGGCGAGUCAGACGAGUUACGCUUACCGACGACAAAGAGAAUCAGAAACAAGGAGAUGACGACAGAAUCAUGUCGUAAUGCAGCGAAACCUAACGUUUCCAAAAAGUGAAGAUUCACGGCUUACCCUUUUUUAGUUUUUGAUUUGCGGAUCAUUUUUCAACUUCUAAGUUUUCUGAGCAGUUUGCAAAUCAUAUAGAUUACGGCUACGGAAGAACAAACAAAAACAACAAGGAAAACUGAACCAAACACAGAUCCAUAUAAUUUAUAAUAAAAAAUUACAUUUAACAUAAAAACAAACAGCGAAUAGAGAUGUCAGACACAGGUCGAAACAUUAUCACAACACUUGCAGCAACAACGUCGUACAAACUCUUAUUACUUGAGUACAUACAUAUAGAUCCUAAGCUAUUACAUAUAUAUAUAUAA